GUGACGUCAAAAAGAUCCCCUCCCCCACGAGAGGCCUUUCUGUUCCUCAUCUGAUCAGCUGACUUGAAUGUGAUGCUGUUGGAAAGACCUUCUAGUAUUACGAUUUGAUUGGCAAUUAUGAAUAUUAAACCUUCGGAAUUGUACGGUAGUAAUUGAUUAGUGUUCGAAUCGUUUUGUCAUUAGAUCUCAGGUAAGAAAUGUGAAAACUGUCAUUUGUUUUUUUGACUGUAAAUCUGCUCGAUAUCAUGUGACACUAGCUAGCUAGCUAUGGGUCAUGUUUCAAUGAACAGAGAAUGUCACUUGCAGGAACGUUAGUGAGGUUUAGCUAACGUUAGCAACUUUUAAGGUAAAGAAGACAAAUAUCCUUUAUCUUGCAUGCUUGCUAGCUAACCAGAUAUCAGCAGCACGUAAAUAAGACAGGUUUGGGGAGACAGAGAUUGAUUAAAUAGCAGUCAAUGUUGUCUUCCUAGCAUUUAUCUACUGAUGUGUCAACAUGAAAUGGAGAAUAACGUUGCUAUUGAUAAUACUGUACUACAAAUUAAGUCCUGUUGAACAAGUGAAAAUGUUUGUUCUUGUUUUACAGCACCCAUCUCUGUGCAUUCCGUUGUGAGCCUGUAGUGAUCAGUGUGUAGCUGUAGCCAUGACAGAGUUCUGGUUGAUCUCAGCUCCUGGAGAGAAGACAUGCCAGCAGACAUGGGACCAGAUGAUGGUGGCCACCACGCGCAACAACAACCUGUCCACCAACAACAAGUUCAACAUCCCAGACCUCAAGGUUAGCAUGCAGCAGUAGCCAUAGAUAGUAGCUACUACAUUACCAUACUAACUUAUAGGGCUGGGUGAUAUAUCAUGAAUACCAGUACAGAGCCACAUACCGGUAUGGAUUAUUAUUAUUUUAAAUAAAAAGUUACUACUUCACUAUCAGUUUCUCCUAGUUUGGUUGAGUAUAAAAUAAUCAGAAUGGAGAAAGCCAAAUAAACACUUAGAAUUAGAAAAUGAUGAAUGAAAAUGGCCAUAUCGCCCAGCCCAACUAACUUAUACUGAACAAAAAUAUAAACGCAGCAUGUAAAGUGUUGGUCCCAUGUUUCAUGAGCUGAAAUAAAAGAUCACAGAAAUGUUCCAUAUGCACAAAAUGCUUAUUUCUCUCAAAUUUGGUGUACAAAUUGGUUUACAACCCUGUUAGUGAGCAUUUCUCCUUUACCAAGAUAUAAUCCAUCCACCUGACAGGUGUGGCAUAUCAAGAAGCUGAUUAAACAGCAUGAUCAUUACACAGGUGCACCUUGUGCUGGGGACAACAAAAGGCCACUCUAAAAUGUGAAUGUCUUUCACAACACAAUGCCACAGAUGUCUCAAGUUUUGAGGGAGCGUGCAAUUGGCAUGCUGACUGCAGGAAUGUCCAACAGAGCUGUUGCAGAGAAUUUAAUGUUAAUUUCUGAACCAUAAGCUGCCUUUUUAGAGAAUUUGGCAGUACAUCCAACCGCCCUCACAACUGCAGACCACGUGUAACCACACCAGCCCAGGACCUCCACAUCCGGCUUCUUCACCUGCAGGAUCAUCUGAGGAGGGGGAGGGGGUGUGCUGAGGAGUAUUUCUGUCUUUAGAAAAACUCACUCUGAUUGGCUGGGCCUAGCUCCCCAGUGGGUGGGCCUGGCUCCCAAGUGGGUGGGCCUACAUCCCUCCCAGGCCCACCCAUGGCUGCGCCCCUGCCCAGUCAUGUGAAAUCCAUAGAUUAGGGCCUAAUGAAUUUAUUUCAGUUGACUGAUUUCCUUAUAUGAACUGUAACUCAGUAAAGUCUUUGAAAUUGUUGCAUGUUGCGUUUUAUAUUUUUGUUCAGUAUACUUACUAGCUCCUCUACAUUCCUAUGUGAAACAAGGCUUCCACAAAACGUUGCCAUAGUGUAUUCACAAGUGAAAUCAUCUUCCUUGUAUUACUCCAAAAGUAACUAUAGAGAAAUAAGUAUUGUCCGUUCACUGCUCCCAAUAAGUGAUCUGUUAAUAAUGGUAUGGGUCAAAGCUUUCUCAUUUCAUUACUCCAGAAGUGCCAUCCAUCCUUAUAGGAUGGUUGAUGGUUAUCCUCUGUGACCCUACUGACACUGUGUGUCACAUUGGGUGGACGGCACCCCACGGUUCUCCUGGAACUGUUUGCAACGCAUGAAGGGGUCCCAACCAAAGCGGCGCCAUCCAAAGCACACGGGCCCCUGAAUGUCACUGUUGGGUGACUGACUUUCAAAACAAAACGCAGGCAGGCAGCACAACCAAACCCCCUAACCUCAGGACUCUCAUCCAGUCUUUGCCCUAGUUUGAGUUUGCCCUAGUUUGAUCAAAGUCCUCUGGCAUCAAGCCAAUGAAACCAAUGGGCUCACCCCGCUUAUAGAAUAGGCUUGCCCCGCUAUAUGAGGGUAGGGGAAACACUGCUCUAAUCAAAGCUCUGACAUGUUUGGUCCUUUUUGCGUUAACAGGUGGGGACGCUAGAUGUGUUAGUUGGGCUGUCGGAUGACCUGGCCAAACUGGACUCCUUUAUUGAAGGGUAGGCUUUUUACUACACUGCAAUUUCCCCUUUGAACAUUAUGAUCACUGUACAAAAUAUCAAAUUCCUUACUAUUUAUACAGCUUGUCCAUUGUGAAUGUGUUGUGAUAGACAUAUUAUUUUUGUCAAAGUGCCUCUCAAACCAAUGUGAGUCUGUGAUGUCUUCAGAGUCCAGUCAGUUCUCUAAUCCCUCUGUGGCCCUAACCUUGCUACAGUGAGGAAUUUCACACAGACGUGAUGCUAGCAGGCCUACAGACUAAAGUUAGCAAUUUACAGUUUGGUGACAGACCAGCAUCUCUUUACUCAGUCAUAUUUAUCCCUCAUGACUUGUGUGCUACUGUUGGUUUGAAGUUAUUUAUAAUCCUUGGAAAACCUUGACGUCCAAAAAUUCACACGUUCUUCCUGUGUAGACAUUGACUCUCAAAAAAUGCCAACAUUAGCAACCCAAUUACCUCUCAUAGGGCAAUAGCAGCCUUGUUUUGGAACUUGUCUGUAGGAAAUUUGAAGAUGAGAAAGCUCAUGCCAAAGUAACACCUUUACAGACUGAUUUUGGAUUUGCUUAAUCUGACAGCGUUUUUAGGUGUCAGUUGUCUAGACAAACAAGCCUAAGGCUUAUUGACAUCAACCAUACUGUCAUUGCAUGGAAUAGAGUUUUUUUUCCAUCAGCCACUGAUCACACCAAUUGGAUUGUAAGCAUAUCAAGUAUUAUCCGCAUAAUUUUGGCUCAGGGGAAGGCAACUACAGUGCUAAACAACAAAAUAGUUACAAUCUAUUUCUGUGAAUAAUAAGUGUUGAAUAACAGUUGUUAGUCUGGUGCUGUAGACUAUAGAUAGAUGAACACUCAUACCCAGCCCAAUGAACAGUCUGCUUAGACUUUGAUGUCUUGAGCAGAGUGCUAUAUGAAAGCAUGGUAUAUUCCCCUUUUGAUGUGAGGGCUUGCUGACUGCGGCCUGAUUGUGUGAAUGUCUCCUGGCUGUUCACAGUGUGGUGAAGAAGGUGUCUCAGUACAUGGCUGAUGUGUUGGAGGACAGCCGAGACAAAGUCCAGGAGAACCUGCUGGCCAACGGAGGUACUUAUCAUCACAUACAAGUUACUCAUAUGAAAACAAUGGAGGACAUUGGCGAUUAGCUAGUUAGUUAUCAUCACAUACAAAUGGCUCCUCUGGAAAAACAAUGAAUCCAGGAAGUGUGCUGCUACCUCUACUGUUCACAUUGAUUGACUAAGCAAUUAUCCUUUUUACCCUGUUGUUAAUACUAAAUACUAAAGAAAUACCAGCACAUUUAGAAAUGGUUGAUUAGAGUAUCUUGCAAUUAACCAUAAAGCCAUGCAUCAUAAUGUAAAAACAACAUUCUUACAAGUCCUGCCCAGAAUAACAAUGCCUUGAUUCCCCCUCCAGUGGAUCUGGUGACCUACAUCACACGGUUUCAGUGGGACAUGGCCAAGUACCCCAUCAAGCAGUCACUGAAGAACAUCUCUGAUAUCAUAUCCAAGGCAAGUCUUUCUCCCACCCUCCUCAUCUGAUUCUCUUGAUAAUUAGUUAGACGGAAACCCUUUUUUAUAACUGUCAGGUAGUCAUCAUUUUGAUAGCACAUGAAGGUAUAUAACUAUCAAUAAGUAAAUAAUAUUUGAAUGGUAUCAAUCAACUGUAUUUUCUCUACCUCUUGAGUAAAUCUGUUGUUGAACACUGUGCACAGUUUUUACAUGGGUUGUAUUCUGAGUACUUGACCUCUUCCUCUCUACAGCAAGUAAGCCAGAUUGACAACGACCUGAAGGCCAGAGCGUCUGCCUACAACAACCUGAAAGGGAACCUGCAGAAUCUGGAGAGGAAGAACGCGUGAGUCAAGUUUUGCUUGAGGGCAUUACUAUAUUUUCCACUGAAGCUAAUCUAUGUCUUCAGUGAGAAUGAUAUUUGAACCAGUGUUGUUGAGGAAAAGUCUUCCAAUGCAUAUUUGCUUUGUUCAGUUGUUUCUUUCAACAUUUGUUUACAUUAUCAUUAAUAUAUAAUACAAUACCAUGUUGUGUCUGUAGGGGGAGCCUGCUGACCAGGAGUCUGGCUGACAUUGUCAAGAAGGAGGACUUUGUGAUUGACUCAGAGUAUCUGAUCACUAUGCUGGUGGUUGUACCAAAGUAAGUACUACUUUUUUGCCAAUUUACAACAGUUUCAUAUUUCAUAGCAGGCCCAUUUUUUUAUAGCAGCUGUUUGCUAUCUAACAAUUCUGGAUGCUUCUAGGACAAGUUAUGCUGACUGGCAGAAGACCUAUGAAACGCUGUCUGAAAUGGUGGUACCCCGAUCCACUAAGUAAGUAUAUAGGAGAUUCAGAGCCCAUGGUGAAUGCAUGUUAAAAUAACUACUUCAGUAGUCUAUUCAAUCCAUGUCUUUCAUAUCUCUUUUAGUAUUUUCUGCUCAUGAAGUGGUUUCAUUGUGAGUCCAUCAUGCCUGUGUGACUGUGUUCUGCUUGUCCCAUUAUUACAGCCUGCUAUUUGAGGACCAUGACAGUGGUCUGUUCAGCGUCACCCUAUUCAGGAAGGCCAUCGAUGACUUCAGACACAAGGCCAGAGAGAACAAGUAAGACCCCCCCCCCCCCCCCCCACACACACACACACACUCUUCUCCAUAUGUAAUUGUCUUGCUGUUUCUUCUCCAUAUGUAAUUGUCUUGCUGUUUCUAUCAGGUACACAGUCAGGGACUUCCAGUACAACGAGCAGGAGAUGAAUGCGGACAAAGAGGAGAUGACACGUCUCUCCACAGACAAGAAGAAGCAGUUUGUAAGUCAUAUGACGGGGAAUGAUGCCUGACCAAGGUAUAUGUGACGGAAACAUUACACUGUAAAGAAAUGUUUCAUUGCAAGUACACUUAGUGUUCGGACAUCCCUGCGGGUAGGUGGGUGAAACUAUUGGACAGUACCAGCUACACAGUCGGGUGGAUGGAGCCUCUAACCCUAAGUGUUAUUUUCCCUCUGUCAGGGGCCACUGGUGCGAUGGCUGAAAGUGAACUUCAGUGAGGCCUUCAUCGCAUGGAUUCACAUCAAGGCUCUGAGGGUCUUUGUGGAGUCAGUCUUAAGGUAUGACGAUCACACUAUACUAACAGUUGUCCAAUUGUUAGAUGUUUGUAGUGCGUGACAAGAUGCUUGUAGUGACAAGAAGUCAAACCUGAAUAAAAAAACUAACAAAUAUAUCUCAAACUGACUGUGUGCUGUGCCUGCUGUUAGUGAUGUAACUGCUCUGCCCCUGCUCCCACAGAUAUGGGCUGCCUGUGAACUUCCAGGCCAUGCUGCUCCAGCCCAACAAGAAGAACAUGAAGAAACUGAGGGAGGUUCUCAAUGACCUAUACAAACACCUGGACAGCAGCGCUGCAGCUGUCAUCGAUGUGAGUAAUUAGACCUGAUAUAUACCCGUUGUGUCCAGAUGAAUACCUGUUGUAUCUUUGUAGUAACAAAUGUUGUGUAUUAAAAAUUCCGGUACAUUAGCUAAAUCAGAUUUUAUAUUGUCUGGUUCAGCAGACCUGUUAGACAACCACAUUAUCCCUGUCGUGUUAAUGUUAUUUACCGUGUAAGCUAAUGGUCUCUGUCAUGUUUCUUUAUUCCCUUGUAGUCUGCCAUGGAUAUCCCUGGUCUGAACCUGAGCCAGCAGGAGUACUACCCUUAUGUUUACUACAAGAUAGACUGCAACAUGCUGGACUUCAAAUAGAUUUUCACUGUACCUGACUCCUCUGUUCUGUCUUGUCUUUAUGCUUACCGACUAACUUGUGUUUUCCCGUAAAUCUUUCUCCCGGUUUUGCUCUUUUCCCCGUUCUCUGCUCUGCUAUCUGCUCUCCUCUCCUCUAAUCCUCCUCUCUUCUGCUUUGCUCAUGUCUGGGUGAUACUGUUUUUCCUUGCUCUCCUCAGAUGUGCAUGCUCAUUCCUUGUGGUUUAAAGCACUUAAAGUGACCCCUCCAUUUGUACAAACUGAGGACAAACAAUGGCUUGAUGUUAAUGUUGUUUGUUUUGUUUACAGAUUUUUUUUGAAAACUGCAUAAUCAAAGUACACUGUAUUUUAAGGCCCAGUGCAGUCAAAAACGU